GCCCAUAAAUUUGCAUUAUAGCGAAAUCCACUCAUCGUAAAGGCAAAAUCCCAAUUUUCUCUCCGUGUCCUGUCCGCUUGGCGGGCGCCGGCCUCGCCGCUGGAGAUGCUCCAGAGCUGAAACCCAAACCCCCGGGAAAUCGGGACGCCGAGCGCCGGAGCAAAUGGAGCAGCUGGUGGGGGUUCACCAUCACCACCACCACCACUCCCUCUCCCCUCGGACCCCUCGCACCCCGACCCGCGCGCAGCCGCUCCUCCACCACCUCCCGUCCAACCGGUUCCGGGAUCCCCACUCCCAGAUUCACGCCGCGGCCGGCAGGAUCCUCCGCGCCACCCCGCCCUUCUUCCUCGUCCUCCUCGCCGCCGUCUACCUCCUCGCCUCCGUCACCAUCUUCUCCGCCCCCACGCCGCUGCUCCGCCUCCGCGGGACCUCUCCCAGGCCCCUCCUCCUCUCCAUGCCCGCGCCGGAGUUCUUUGAGCUCCACGGCGGGGGGCUUCGGGUCCGCCUCACCAAUAUCGGCGCCGCCGUCACCUCGCUCCUCGCCCCGGACAAGAACGGGGUUCUCGCUGAUGUGGUGCUUGGAUUCGACUCGCUGGAUCCGUAUCUGUAUAUCUCAGUGGUCAAGAAUUGCUUUGGUGCUAAGAGAGUAAAUCUCUUUGAUCAGAAUGGUACUUCGCCUUACUUUGGCUGCAUUGUUGGUCGAGUUGCAAAUAGAAUCAAGGAUGGAAAGUUCACUCUAAAUGGGGUGCAGCACAAUCUGAGUAUCAACAACCCACCAAACACUCUUCAUGGUGGAUUUAAAGGGUUUGACAAAACUAUAUGGGAAGUUGCUGAAUAUAACGAAGGGCACAACCCUUCAAUCACCUUUAAGUAUUAUAGUAAAGAUGGAGAGGAAGGUUACCCAGGUGAUGUUUCUGUUACUGCCAGAUAUUCCCUUCUUCCAAGUGCAACACUGAAGCUUGAGAUGGAAGCCAUGCCAUUGAACAAGGCCACACCCAUCAGUUUAGCGCAGCAUACCUAUUGGAACCUUGCAGGCCACAACUCAGGAGAUGUGCUUUCACACUCAGUCCAGAUAUGGGGCUCUCGGAUAACUCCAGUAGAUCAAACCUCAAUACCUACAGGCGAGUUCAUGCCAGUUAGCGGCACUCCCUUUGAUUUCCUGACUGGGAACAUGAUUGGAAGCAGAAUUGAUCAGGUACCUGGUGGUUAUGAUCACAAUUACGUGCUUGACUCUGGUGAAGUGAGGUUAGGCUUGCGACACGUGGCAAAAGUAGCAGACCCGUCAAGCUCAAGGGUCCUCGACAUUUGGGCAGAUGCACCUGGAGUACAGUUCUACACUGGAAAUUUUCUUCAUGGCAUUGUGGGCAAAGGAGGUAUGGUCUAUGGGAAGCAUUCUGGCCUUUGCCUUGAGACGCAAGGUUUCCCAAAUGCUGUUAAUCAACCUAAUUUUCCAUCAAUUGUCAUUCACCCUGGUGAGAAGUACCAGCAUACGAUGCUGUUUGAGUUCUCUACCGAGUGAUGUAGCCCCUGUAGAUAUACACCAUUUUUCUUGUGUUUUCUGCUUGUCAUUAGUUACAAGCUUAUGGUGCUGCAGUUGUUAAAUUUAUUCUUGAUAGGGCUAGAUAUAUAACAGAAUGUAACAAAGUUAGUAGGAAAUGGGGCGAAUUUGCUGCCAUGAAAGUGUAGGUUUGCCUCAUGUGAACCCUGUACUUACGAGAUAAUGAUAGUUUAUCCAGGAUUGCUGGAUUAACAAUU